AUCUUCUUCCUCGGCGGUAUUCAGUCGAGGGCUCAAUAUCCAUUUUUGUCAAUUGCUCACACUGCACACACUGCACACACUGCGCAAUUCUUUCUCCAUUCAACUAUUCAAAGGAAUAACACCUCAAUCACUCGAAUCUCGUUACUGUCGUUGCAGACAACACCCCAAGAGAAUCCUCGUCACACCACAUCCCUCGCUCCUCCGCUUCACAUCGCACCUGGCGUCCGUGAGUUCAACAUGUGGCACAAGACAUAACAGCAUUCCAUGGCGGACGCACUGGCUCCGGUCGCGACGACUGCGAUCGAUUACAAGCGAAGUCCAACCGUCGAUCCUCCUCCCACUACCUUCCCUUAUCCCAAGAGACAACAUUCCGAGGGCGAACAAUCACAAGUUGACUCGGACACUACACUAUACGACGCAGCAAAUAGCCGAAAGAACUCGGGGAGGCCACUUUCAGAUACAGUAGCUACAGAAGAUGGUGCUCUCCAAAGACCUGUCCUCGCUCCUCACAAGUUCGAGACUGAAAUCUCCCGGCCAGUGGCGCAGCGGACGCUGGUCCCCAUAAGACAGCACCGUUCCACAAUAAAUGAGCGGAUCGCUCGAGCUUCCGAAGACGCUGCAGUCUUCAGUGAAUCCGAUGGCUUGUCUUCUUCGGAUGACGAAUCAGUCUCAGAAUUACAAAGGUCACAGACAUCACCAAAUGACAAGCCUUUGGCGAAAUCUCACCUCAAUCGCACUCCAGUUACAUCGAGGCCCUCAAAUCUCCGCGUUGGAAAUGAAUUCUUCCAGUCAAGGGGCAGGAUAGCAAGGGAUGGUAGACUGAAUAUCUCUGUCAGUGAAAAAGCAGAAACUGGCUAUCUGGCAAAAGCACUUGGGGCUACAAUUGAACGUCAACUCGGUACCCAUCACGCCCAAGAUGUCAAGGAUGAGGCACAAGCAAAGACAGACUUCCUGCAAGCGAAAUCGAAAGUCCAGAUCCCGCAACUUAAUAUUGUCAUCAUGGUCAUCGGCAGUCGCGGUGAUAUUCAACCAUUUCUCAAGAUUGGAAAGAUCCUGCAGGACAAAUACAACCAUAGAGUCAGAAUUGCGUCGCAUCCCGCUUUCAAGAAAUUUGUUGAAGAAGACGUCGGCCUAGAGUUCUUCUCCGUGGGUGGAAACCCCGCCGAAUUGAUGUCGUUCAUGGUCAAAAAUCCGGGCUUGAUCCCUUCUCUGGAGACUGUCAAGGCUGGAGAGAUUGGAAGAAGAAGAGAGUCAAUGUACCAGAUGUUCCAGGGGUUUUGGAGGGCCUGCAUCAACGCGACCGACGAUGAAACAGACACGGCCAACUUGAAGUUGAUGGGCUCCAAGCCUCCCUUUGUCGCCGACGCAAUCAUUGCAAAUCCACCUUCUUUUGCGCACUAUCACUGUGCCGAGCGAUUGAGCAUUCCUCUACAUCUUGUCUUUACGUUCCCAUACUCACCUACCCAGGCUUUCCCUCAUCCCUUGGCCAAUAUAAAGUCUACCAAUGUUGACCAGAGCUAUGUCAAUUUCAUGUCGUACCCGCUGGUUGACCUGAUGACGUGGCAGGGUUUGGGAGAUCUUGUCAAUAGAUUCAGAGUCAAGACCUUGGGUCUGGAGCCUGUCUCGACACUAUGGGCUCCCGGCCAGCUUUCCCGCUUGAGAGUCCCCAUGACCUACCUUUGGUCUCCCGGUCUCGUGCCUAAGCCUGCAGAUUGGGGCCCGGAAAUCGACAUUGCCGGCUAUGUCUUCCUGGACCUUGCAUCCUCCUACAAACCGCCGGCAGAUUUGGCUAAGUUUUUGGACAGAUCAGGAGAAGACAAGCGACCGAUAAUAUACAUUGGCUUUGGGUCGAUCUCUGGAAUUGACGAUCCGGCGGCCUUCUGUCGGAUGAUAUUCGACGCUGUCGACAAAGCCAAUGUCCGCGCGGUGAUCAGUCGAGGCUGGGGCGGAAUGGGCGACGGAAUGGACAAACCAGACGGGAUCUUUAUGGUCGAUAAUGUACCUCAUGACUGGUUAUUCCCCAAAGUCGAUGCUGUCGUCCACCAUGGUGGUGCGGGUACCACUGCAGCCGGUCUGAGAUUUGGCAAACCUACAAUGAUUGUACCUUUCUUCGGCGAUCAGCCAUUUUGGAGUGCCAUGGUUGCCAGGGCAGGAGCAGGAGCGAAACAGGCUCUACCGCUAAAGAAACUUGACAGCAACAAAUUCGCAGAAAGCAUCCGACAGUGCCUGGAGCCAGAUGCUCGAGCAAAAGCUGAAGAAAUUGCUAAGAGCAUUCAAGAGGAAGGAGACGGCGCAGAGAAUGCCGUCGACUCUUUUCAUAGAGCAUUACCGCUGGACGGUCCACACUCCAUCCGAUGCAAUAUCAUGCCAGACCGGGUUGCUGUUUGGAAAGUCAAACACGCCUAUACGCAAUUGUCGCCUCUUGCGGCUGAUCUGCUUGUGGAGAACAGGGAAUUGCAAUAUUCAGACUUGGAACUGAAGAAGAUUCGUGAAUGGAAUGACUUCCAGGGGCCUGGAGAACCCAUUACCGGCGCCGGGGGUGCCGUCGUUCAGGCAUUUCAAGAAGCUUUGCAUGGGUUGAGUGCGAUGCAUGACGACACGAAAAGAGAUCUCAAAAAAUUCGAGAAGCACAGACGAAAGCACAAGGAAAAGUCGACCACCCAGGGGCUGGUUCUGCCUGGAAAGAUUGCUUACGCUGCACGAGGGACAAGCGUAGAGGAGCAGCGCAAAGAACACGCUCGUCUGGAGGCACAACUCAAACUCCAAGGAAGUGCGGAGCCAGCUAGAUUUCCCUUUGCCCCUUCACGUCCCGAUCAAGAUGGACUAACGGACCUAAGUCGGGUCACAACCUGCUCGUCUACCGAAGGGCAGCCUGCAGCCGUGGUCAUCAUGAAGGAUAUUGGCAAAGGUAUUGGCCACUCAGCUCAUGCAAUUUUGGCAUUGCCAUUCAAGAUGUGGGAUGCUACGACUCUUGGAUUUCACAAUGCACCUAGACUGUAUGGCGACACUACCGUUCGUCCAGCACCGAACAAGAAGAUCACUGGUUUGAGAAGUGGCAUGAAGGCUGCAGUGACCGAAUGCUGGCUGGGCAUGUAUGAUGGGGUCACCGGAGUCGUCCGCUUACCCCAACUUGAAGUUCACGACGAAGGUUGGAAAGGACUGCCCAAAGGGUGUGCCAAAGGGUUUGGCGGAUUGGUCUUGAAACCCAUCGCGGGGUCCCUUGGACUAGGAGCGUACACCUUCAAGGGCAUCCACUACAGUAUUCGGCGACGAGUUCGCGACACGGAGAAGACAGAUCGAUGGAUUCGCAGAGCUAGAAUUGCGCAGGGUCAAAGGGAUGCUGCUAUUGUCAAGGGCCAAAAAAGGUUGAAGGAUCAGCCGCCAUACCCGUCGCAGCAUCACGAGAUUGAUGAGCUUCGAGAUUACGCUUUGCGCCAGUGGACGACACACGAGAAAGACAAGGUAAUCGAGGGCCGGGAAAAGGAGAAGCGAAAACCAUUGCUGAACAUGGCGCCGCAAAAUGGGGGCAAGAACAACAAAAGGAUUCCGCGGGCGAAGACCCAAUGAUGUGGUAUUUGAGUGAUGCGUAUACACACAGCGAGGCGUUUGGUGGAUGGAGGUAUACUGAUAGUCUGAUACCCGGUAUGAGGCGGGCCUUUCUGUAGAGUCGACGGCCUCGGUUCGAUACAUUCUAGAGGCUUGAUAACAGCACAAGUAAACAAGAAUCCAAUGUAGCAUC